AUGGCGCGCAUUUCCAAGCAAAAAGCAUGCAUAGCCUGCACUGAAUCCAAGCGCCGCUGCGAUAAGGGGCUCCCAUCGUGUACACGGUGCGACGAUCGGGAUGUCGACUGUCACUAUCCUGUCACCAAGCGCCGACGGCCCCGGCCCCACGAAGCCGUCGGACUCUCAGAAGCAGCCGUUUCAUCUGCGGCGGCGGUAGCAUCACCAGACCUCUUCUCUCUUGACUCCGGUCCUCUAUCCAUCGGACUGGGAAGCAACCCGUGGAUCGACUUUGGAAACCUCCCUUCCGACGUGAACACCGCGCAACCCGCCGCCGCACCUGUCAACCCACAAGCAUCCGCCCCUCUGCCGCAACAGGCCCCCAACACCACAACCUCAGACACAGACAGAGAUCCGGUCGUACGAGACAUCGCCCGGAGCAAAUGGUUCCUCGCCCCUUCGACAUGGCGCAUCGACCACUUACCAACGCUCCCACGAAACAUCUACCCGACCUCGGUCCUGACAAACUUCACCCGCGGCCUCCAGACUUGGGUCCACCGCUGGGUCCUGCACGGCCACAACCCCUUCAUUCAUCGUAGCAUGUACGCAGAAGGCAACUACUUCCCCUCAUGUCUCCAAGACGCCUUCACCUCCGCGUCCAUGUACCACCACAAGACACCCCAAAACGAAGCUUUCGUCUACCGAAUCCUCGACGAGAGGGUAACAGCCAUGAUGGCAUCCCAGCCCGUCACGGACGAGACAUCCCUCUCCGUCCCGCUUCUAGAAACACGAGACCACCUCGCAAGAGUCCAGGCCCUCUUCGUCUACACCGUCCUCCGCCUCUUCGACGGCUCCAUAAGCCAACGCGCCGCCGCCGAGGUCCACCUCCCGACCCUGUCCCUCUGGUGCAGACAGCUCUGGGACUCGGCCUCCCUCGACGCCAACGCCCUCUCGGAGAACCUUGUCCCCGUCUCGAAAUACUGCAACGACAUGUCCGCCCAACGAAACAACCCCCGGGACGAGGACGACACCUACGACUCGGACCUCUCAACCUACAACCUCUGGGUCCUCUCGGAAUCCGUCCGCCGCACGUGGCUCAUCGUGACGUGCACCGUCGGUGUCUACGCCACCCUCAAAGGAAGCUGGUCAGAGUGCCCCGGCGGAGCUCUCUUCACCGCCCGCGCAGGCCUCUGGGACGCCCCGUCCGCCCCGCGAUGGGCGUCUCUCUGCAGAGAGCUGGCCGCGGGGAACAAAGACGCGUACGAGCGUUUGACGCGGGAAGAGACUCAGACUGGUGGUGUUGGCGGGACAUGCUGCGAUGGGACCUUCUUCGUUCCGUCGUUCCAUUCCGAGGGCUUGUUUCGCAACGCUGCUGCCGCCGACGUGGACGAGUUUGCGAGGCACCUGUUCACCAUCAUCUGGGGUCUUGACCGAGUUGAGAGUUGGGCUUUGAAGACGGCGUCGGCGGGGGAGGUUUGUCUUACUUACUAG